UGCGGAUUUUUCCGGAAGAUAUCAACACACAAUGUGCUUAUUAUCCAACAUGAACGCUUUAGACUUAGUUAUUUGGAUAUAUGAUUGGAAGAAAUUUGAAGCAUCCUAAUCUGAUACGAGCGAAGCCAUAGCAGAGACCAGCGAGGACGUGGUACAACAGGAACAUGCUGAUCCGGAGGAACCACAACCUGAGGUAGCCAGUGACAGAGGACGGAAAGUGCGAGUGGAGGCUAAUGUGAGGAAAGAUCGCCCCAAACGGCAGUCGAGGCCACCCGUUAGAUUUGGAGACUUUGUGUCUCGCUGAGUCUACUUAUUUUUUAUUGCUUUUGUUAUUUAUUUUUGCUAAAAACAUUAUUAUUUGAAUAUUUAGAGUCGAGCGUAAUUAUAAGCUCCGUUUCGGGUUUUCUUGUUGGUUCUUUCCCGGAAUGAUCGAGUCGAACCAAACCUAGGGUCCUAGAUAAUAUAAAUAGGGAUUUUGCUCAUUGAGAAGAGAAUAUAUAGAAUAUCAAAAUUCCUUUUUCUCGUUUCUUUACUUUCUGCGCAAGAUUUCUUCCUUUCGUCAACCCUAAUUGGCGAGAGUCCUCCGGUGGACAGCCGCCGGCCUUCAUUGAUACGUGAACACUCGUAUCAUCUGGUGCUUUCAUCUUGAUCUCAUGACGGGUGUAGAUUCAAGCAUGGGGGGUACGGAAUCGGUAGGGUUGACACAACCCUCUUCGGCGACAGUGGUGGAUCCGAUUUCACCGAUGACUGAUGUAGUUUCGCAGUUGGCGCAGUUGACAGCGGUGGUGAGCUCUCUUCAAUCCACGAUUACCGCUCCAGAUUUGAGGGUUCCAAACUUCUCCUCGACGAUUCGCCCUACCCCAGCGCCGCCCUUUGGUCUCACGUUCUCCACGCAGUUUCCGGCAAUUUCCACCCCACCGACGGCCUUCCAGCAGAUCCAGCACACCUCGGGCAUGCCCUACUCCGUGCCGCCGGGUUUCGGAGCACACUACUUAUCGCUGCCACAAACCCUUGGCUCCACGUUCUCGCAGCCUACAAUUUCGGCGAGCACUAUCCCGUUUUCACUGCCCCCUUUCGGAAUAUCCGAGGUUGGGAGUACGACGGUCAGCGCUUUCCGACCACACCUCGUGCAACCGGACCAGCAAUGGUUACUAUCACAAGGCCGUAACCCGCUGCAGAGGCCUCCUCUAAUUAAUCCCUUAUCGGCUUGGGGUCCGCCUACUCAACGCCCUCAGUUCGGUACGCUGCAGAACGACCAGUAUUUCUCGAAGGGUCGUAUGGAACCACCGCGUUUCGACGGUUCAGAGGUCAACAACUGGAUCCGAGGGAUACAGUUUUAUUUCGACCAUGUAGGUACUCCGGACUCUCACCGUCUUCACUAUGUUAUUAUGUUGUUUGAACCGAAUGUGGCGGAUUGGAUUUGGAAUUAUGCUGCGAGCCACGAGCAGGCAACAUGGAAUGAAUUUCUCGACGAUGUACGACGCCGAUUUGAUCCUAAUUGCUACACCAGCCACGUCGGUCUCCUAAAAAAAUUGACUCAGACAGGUACGGUUUAUGACUAUCAAUUAGCGUUUGAGAAAUUACAAAACAAUGUUGUGGGAGUUCCUGACCAUGUGCUCCUCGAUUUGUAUGUGGCGGGACUGAGGCAACCUAUUCAGGAUGAAGUCCUCCUCCACAGACCGACAUCACUGGCAGCAGCCUUCGCGCUCGCGAUUCGCUUGGCGGCGUGUCGUUCGGAGACCCUCCAGUCAUCCGCAGGUUUCCAGAAACGUCCGUGGCAGCCCUGCGAGAACCGCUCUGUGACAGUGACACCGUCAACUCAACCCGGUAGCCAGGCAUCGCUGGCUGGUACGUAUCGCACCCGUGCUGCAAAUUCAGGGACUUCGGACAUCUCCAAGCUACCCAUUAUUCGCCUAUCCGGGGCAGAGAAGGCCGACCAUGCUCGCCGGGGCCUCUGUUAUUAUUGUGAUGAGAAGUGGAUCUCCGGUCAUGUUUGCAAGCAUCGGUUCUUGGCUUAUAUGGGUGGCGAUGACGACGAUGAUGAGGAUGAAUCAGACGACACAGACCCAUCGGGGGUGAACAAUGAGGUGGUAACUGCUGAUUUAUCUCACUUACACGCCAUUGAUGGCAAACGGCGUGGGAAGUCCCUAACUUUAUCGGGAAAUAUUUCUUCGGAGUCGGUCACGAUUUUGGUGGAUACGGGAAGCUCCCAUGACUUCCUUCAUCCGCGAAUAGCGGAGCGGCUACGACUCCCUCUUACGGCAAUUCGUCCAUUCCGCGUAUAUGUGGGAAACGGCGAGUAUAUUGUUUGUUCUCACGUGAGCAAAGGGACACAAUUGUGCGUGCAGGGCACUCCUUUCGCCAUAGACCUUCAUGUUUUGCCUAUCCACGGUCCCGACGUUAUAUUGGGAAUGGACUGGUUGGAAUCUUUGGGGCGGGUGACAACAGACUUCGUUGCCAAGUCUAUGGAGUUCUACCGCGGCAAGGACCUAAUUACUCUACAGGGGUCUGCUCAUCCACCACGACAGAUAUCGUUGGCUUCUCUACAUACUUUGGUAUCUCGAGACUCACUGUUUGAACUGUAUGAAUUGGUCCAGCUCACUCCAGAUCCACCGCAGCUUCUGCAGUUGGAGGCAGACGCGAUUCCGGGUGAUCUGCCAAGCGUGAUUGACGCAGCGCUGCGCGACUUUCCUGAAGUCUUUGCGCUACCGACGGGCUUACCUCCUGUCCGGCAGUUUGACCAUCGUAUUCACCUCUUGCCCCAUUCAAAGCAUGUGAAUGUUCGACCUUAUAGAUACCCUUACUUUCAGAAGAACGAGAUCGAGAAACAGGUGAAGGAGAUGUUGGAUCAAGGGGUAAUUCAGCGCAGCCACAGUCCGUUCUCAUCACCGGUUUUAUUGGUCCGAAAGAAGGACGGCACCUUCCGUUUUUGUAUUGAUUACAGAGCUCUCAAUAAGGCAACGGUGCCCGAUCAUUUUCCAAUCCCUACAGCUGAUGAAUUGUUCGAUGAAUUAGGGGCGGCCAGGUUCUUUACUAAACUCGAUCUCCGCUCUGGUUAUCAUCAGAUUCGGAUGCAUGAGGACGACACUUACAAGACGGCGUUCCGCACACAUGACGGGCAUUUUGAAUUCUUGGUGAUGCCAUUUGGGCUGACUAACGCGCCGUCUACUUUUCAGUCUGCGAUGAAUUGCAUUUUUCAGCCCCUACUGCGGAAAUCAGUCAUCGUGUUUUUCGAUGAUAUAUUGGUCUACAGCCCGACGGUCGAAUUGCACGCAGCUCACUUGCGGCAGGUCCUAUCUACUCUUGCAGACAACCAGUUUUUUGUAAAGUUAUCUAAAUGCUCGUUUUGUAGUCCGACAGUGGAUUAUCUGGGUCAUCUAAUCACAGAGGGCCACCUCAAAGCCGAUCCGGCCAAGAUCGAAGCAAUGGUUGCCUGGCCGACACCUUCGACUGUUAAGCAACUACGAGGAUUCCUCGGCCUUACGGGUUACUACCGCCGAUUCAUUGCCCGGUACGCUAUGAUUGCCGCACCUCUGACGGAAUUGUUGAAGAAGGAGGCGUUCUGUUGGUCACAGGCAGCCUCUGCAAGUUUUGACGCCUUGAAGCAGGCAAUGACUGCAGCCCCGGUCCUCCGUUUGCCGGAUUUUUCUAGCACAUUCUAUCUGGAAACGGAUGCUUGUGACUUUGGGAUUGGUGCGGUCCUUAUGCAGGAGGGACACCCGCUAGCGUUUUUUAGUAAGAAGUUAGGCCCCAGGCGUCGCAGUGCCUCGACUUACCAUAAGGAGCUCUAUGCUAUCGUGGAGGCGGUUCAGAAAUGGAGGCAGUACCUUUUGGGUAGGGAAUUUGUCAUUCGCAGUGACCAGAAGAGCCUGAAGGAGCUCUUGCAGCAGGUAAUCCAGACGCCGGAGCAACAAUUGUAUGUCCGGAAGCUGAUGGGAUACAAAUUCACUAUUGAGUAUAAAUCUGGGGCAGCUAAUCGUGUGGCAGACGCUCUAUCUAGGCGUGAUGAGGAGGUUGACGCUGAUGCUGCCUUACUGAUGGCUGUCGCACACCCUAUGCCUGAUAUUUUGACAUUGUUGAGGAAAGAGACAGCCACUUCGCCGGACUUAUGUGUGCCGAGGCGUAAAAUUGAGAGUGGCGAGGCGGAGCCGCGUUACACCUUUUGUGACGGCUUGAUAUAUUGUGGCCGCCGCAUCUAUGUUAGUGAGAAAUCGCCUCUACGGGACGCGUUGAUUUAUGAACACCAUAGCACUCCGCAGGCGGGUCAUCCGGGGUUUGAUCGCACUCUACGUCGCCUAGCUACCCAAUUUUUCUGGCCACGAAUGCGAUCUGAUGUGAAGAUAUUUGUCGCGGCUUGUGUGGAUUGUCAAACGACAAAAUACUCAACGCAAAAACCGUCCGGUUUAUUACAACCUUUGCCUAUUCCGACACAGGUUUGGGAGGACGUCUCUAUGGAUUUCAUAGUGGGUUUGCCGUUGUCGCGGGGAUACACCACUAUUAUGGUCGUGGUGGACAGGCUGUCCAAAUAUGCUCACUUCGCGCCGUUGCCUGCCCGAUUCGACGCUAUGCGCGUGGCUCGUUUGUUUAUUGAUACAGUGGUGAAACAUCACGGUUUUCCGAAGACUCUUGUUUCGGAUCGGGACCCAAUUUUCUUGAGUGAUGUGUGGCGCGAUAUGCUCCAGCUCAGCGGUACAUCAUUGCAUUUUUCCACCGCUUAUCAUCCCCAGACGGAUGGCCAGACGGAGGUGCGAAAUCGGGGACUGGAGCAAUAUUUGAGAUCUUUCACGGCUGAUCGACCGACGAAGUGGGCGAAUUUUCUGCCUUGGGCGGAAUUGGCACUGAAUUGUUUUCAUCACGAAGGCUUGGGCACAUCCCCAUUUCGUGCUCUCUAUGGCAGAGAACCGCCGGCCCUCAUUGCGGUGCAACCAUCGGCGGCUAGGACUGACCCGGAAGUCGCUGAUUUGAUCCAGCAACGGGGAGCGUUGUUGGUGGACCUUCGGCGAAAUCUGGAAGGUGCUCAGCAAAGGAUGCGCGAUACGGCUAAUCGACAUCGUCGAGAUGUGCAAUUCGCGGUGGGCGACAAGGUUCUUUUGAAGCUGCAACAAUACCGUCAGCAUUCGGUGGCAAGACCCCUGUCUGCCAAGCUCUCAAGGCGGUUUUAUGGUCCCUUCGUGAUAACGGAGAGGAUUGGCCCGGUUGCGUAUCGGUUACAGCUGCCGCAGGGUGCGAGAAUCCAUGAUGUCUUCCACGUGAGCCUGCUUAAACCUUUCAUCGAGGGUGCCCCAUCUGUUGCUAUAGCAGAUUUGCCUGCUGAUUUUGUGGAAGGUAGGGUGGUGGUGAAACCUCUGCGAAUUUUGGAUCGUCGCAUUGCUCUUCAGGGAGGUAGUCCGGUUGAUCAGAUCUUGGUGGAAUGGCCGGGAUCAGGCGUGGAGGGCGCGACUUGGGAGCCUCUUGCCCAGCUCAGCAACCGUUUUCCUGCUCUCCUUGAGGACAAGGAGCCUCUUAUCGGGGAGGGAGUUGAUACGAGCGAAGCCAUAGCAGAGACCAGCGAGGACGUGGUACAACAGGAACAUGCUGAUCCAGAGGAACCACAACCUGAGGUAGCCAGUGACAGAGGACGGAAAGUGCGAGUGGAGGCUAAUGUGAGGAAAGAUCGCCCCAAACGGCAGUCGAGGCCACCCGUUAGAUUUGGAGACUUUGUGUCUCGCUGAGUCUACUUAUUUUUUAUUGCUUUUGUUAUUUAUUUUUGCUAAAAACAUUAUUAUUUGAAUAUUUAGAGUCGAGCGUAAUUAUAAGCUCCGUUUCGGGUUUUCUUGUUGGUUCUUUCCCGGAAUGAUCGAGUCGAACCAAACCUAGGGUCCUAGAUAAUAUAAAUAGGGAUUUUGCUCAUUGAGAAGAGAAUAUAUAGAAUAUCAAAAUUCCUUUUUCUCG